ACCGAAAGACUUUAUGUGACAUUUAGAUAUUUAUCUACUGGCCUUUCUUUUCGAAAUUUGGCAGUUACACUAAGAAUGGGAGCUUCGACAGUAGGUAAAAUUGUACACGAGACUUGUAAAAUAAUCUGGGAAGAAUUAGUUGAAGACUUUAUGCCUGUUCCGAAUCAAGACCAGUUAGUAAAAAUUUCAGAUGAUUUCUAUAGACGAUGGAAAUUUCCUAACUGUAUAGGAUGUAUAGAUGGCAAGCAUUGUCAAAUCAAAUGUCCCAUAAAUAGUGGGGUUCAAGCUAUUUCAAUUAUUUGAAGUAUUUUUCAUUAGUUCUUCAAGGUGUAGCAGAUGCGGAUAAAAAAUUUAUAUUUAUCGAAGUUGGUUCUAGAGGUAAGAAGAGUGAUGGAGGGACGUUCGCAGCAUCGACACUUUUUCAACAUAUACAAUCCAAUACCUUUUUACCACCCGAUAAGGAAUUACCCGGAACUACAAUUAAAUUACCUUACGUGUUCAUUGGCGAUGAAGCAUAUCCUUUAAAAACGUUUCUCAUGAGACCAUUUCCAAGUCGCAAUUUGAAUGCCUUUAGAGAAAAUUAUAAUAAACGUUUGUUUGCUGCUAGAAAAUGCAUUGAAUGUGCAUUUGGUAUACUGCGUGCCAAAUGGCGAAUACUAGGUAAAGAUAUUGAAGUUAGUUCUGACAAAGCUGUACACAUUAUUAAGUGCGCUUGUAUUUUACAUAAUGUGGUGCGUGAAAAAGACGGAGAUAGUGAUCUCGAUUAUUGUCAAGAAAUGUUAUACAGUAAUGCUCAGGAAAACCAAAUUAAUAAUCUACAUGAAACAGGAAAUCACGGUGGUGCACGCAGAGGGUCAACAAGAGCACAAGAAAUUCGAAAUGAAUUUGCAAAAUUUUUUUUGGACCAUUAAACUUAGAAAG